AUGUCGUCCAUGUCCCGCAACAACUCCGCCGCCUCCUUGAUGGGGUUCUCUGUCCACCAGCCCGCCAUCGGCGCUUCCCUGCAGUUCUUCCCCGCCAUGGGCUCUCAGGAGCUGGAUGAUCUAAUCAACGCCUAUGUUCCUGGCGACGCUUCCAUCCUCGACAAGCGCGCCGUCGUCUCCAUGGAGUUCUUCCAACACUCUAUGUUGACUGGCGAGCUGUUCAAGUUCUUCAUGGUCUACCCCUCUCUCGGCUCCGCCACCGAGUCUCCGGCCAGCUCCAGCGCGGUCAUGGACUCGGGCUACGGCUCCGCCUUCACUUCUCCCGUCAUGUCCGAGAGCCAGUGGGCCCAGACCGCCAACGCCGCAUCUUCGUCUCAACCCAAGGCGCGAUCUUCAUCUUCGAAGAAGAACACCGCCCUGGCCAGCGACUUCUCACAUAUCCCCGGUAUGAAGAUCAUGACCAAGGAUGGGCGUGAUGUGACGAAUUCUGCCUCCCGGGUCGGCAAGACCAAGGAGCAGCGCGACCAUGCUCACCUAAUGCGCAUCAUCAAGGCGUGCGAGGCUUGCAAGAAGAAGAAGAUACGGUGCGACCCCAGCCACAAGAGGUCCGCCCCGAGCUCGUCUUCCAAGAAGGCGACGAAGAAGGCCAAGUCUGGUCGUCCAGCAGCAGCGCCUCCUCAGCAGCCCGUCACACAUUCAUCUUCUGCCACAUCGUUUGACUCUUUCAUGGAGGACUCGUCAUCGUCCUUCGGCUCGUUGUUCCCCGAGACUCUGGGCGCCAGCGACGUUGGCGCAAUGGAUUGGGAACAGUUCGUCCAGUACGAGGACCAGCCAAGCUCGGUCCCAAUAGACUACGACUUCUUCCUCGACCCAGCCGGCUACUUCUCACCAGCCAACUCGGCGACUCACACCUCGUCCACUUCGCCAUUACAGCCAAUCACUCCGGUGCAGCCAAUGGUAUCGGAUGCGGUGUUCGCCGCAGAAGGCGUACUGGCGGGCACGACUGCGGGCGCAGAGGCCCAGGGACCAUUCGUACCUUACCUAAACCCUGGCGGCGUAGAGGCCGGCACCAACUAUGCCGACUUCAACCUAUACUCACCAGGUUCCUCGACAUACUUGGAUGAGGAACCGGGCCUAAUGAAGGAAAUGGCAGCAUCUCCUCGACCCAACUACUCUGAGUACCUGAGCAACAACCGACACGGCGACGGUAAUGUACAUGCGCAAUCCUACCCCAGCCAAGUUGCUGCAAACAUUGCGGCUGCCAUGCGACCAGACGUCCACGCGGCAAACGACCCGGUGUCAUCCUCCUCGCCUUACGAGAUGGUAUUCGCCAGCGGCAAUGAUCGGUCACUCCAUGAUAGAUCUGACCACAGGCCAAGCUCUUCUCGACACCUAACCGGCGGAGAUGCCAGCCAAGCGGGCGUAGUGACCGCGUCACUGCAGACACCAGUGUCUCGUGAACGACUCGGCAACUCAGCGGAAGCUGUGCUUGUUGCCUCAACAGGCCGACAACCGCAGAGCGUUUUACUCCAGUCUGGCCCGAGCGUAUCACCAGCGGUACUAGGCGUACUCAGAUCUGAGCCAUGCAUCUCGCGAUCAGCAUCGCAACCAGAGACAGGGGCGGCAACGCCAGUGGCUCUGAGCAUGUCGACGACAGCAAGAAAUAACGCACGAUCUCAACGACUAGUACCAGACGAUCUUUCAGUGGACAGGUCACCAAUUGACACUGGCAGUACGAGAGCAACCGCCAGGCUACAGACUUCAGCCGAAGUCGCCUACAGCGAAGCGUCAUCUCGCCAAGCAUCCUCUAGCCCGUUGGCCGGCGAAUUCGCACAGGGCGAGCAGUCCACAAGGACUUCGUCGUCGGCCUUCAGGACUGCGGUGCUUCAGAGCGCUUCCGAUGCUAGCCCACUGGCCAAGAUCCAGACGUCAAGUCAGGACACUGUCUCUAUGUCGGCAUCUCCAUCCGCGUCGCUGUCACAAAGUACUUCGCGCGUGAUUAGGAUCGUAAGUACGACGAAGACAACGGAAGAGAAUGCACGCUCGACAAGAGUGCUAAGUACCAGCAAUGCUGCUGGCGUGUCGAUGCUACCAGUAUCUGCUGCUGUACUCAAGCACUCAUCCCCCGUCGAGCAGAUCCCCGCCACAGUGAUUUCUCGGAACUCGAGAAACGUUCUUGCCGAGCGAGCUCCCGAGGCUCUCGGUCUGCUUGCCGCAGUCAGCGUAUCGGAUUCGCUACUGUCCGCAACCGGAACCGGCCUAGGAGAGCUCUCUCAAGGCUCGACUUCACUUGGCCUUGCUGCAGUGGCCCUGCCCAUCCUGGCCGUACUAGGAUCUUCGUCCAUGCGCUUGCGAUGCUCGUCGAACCCUAGCCUUGGUGGCAUGAAACCCCAGCAAUCUGCCGGAUCAUCCUCUUCCGCCUGGACUAUUGCAGUCGCCCUGAUGUCCAGUCUCAUCAUCUUCAUCGCCCUCGCCGGGAGCCAGCCGGCUUCGGUCUCUCUCGGAGCCCUCUCGUUUACUGUCGCAGCUCACUACUCGCGGCGCCAACAGCACAACUCCACCACCCCGAACCAACUGGAACCGGUGGCAUGGUCGCCGGGUACGUCCUUGCACUCUUUACUUUCCUUCGCGGUCGCGGAAGCUACCGCUUCGUUCUCGGCUGGACUCGACAGAGUCCGCUGCUGGGUUUUGAGGCGGAUUUCUCCUACCCCUCCUGUCGCCACUGGAUCAGCAUCGGGCAACCGAUCUAUGCCUACGACCCUCAAGCGCAAUGCCCAGAAGGACAUGCGCCGCAGCCUCUUGGUUUGA